CACCGGAAACGGAGGGGGCGUUUUCAGGCUAACAGUGUGGCCUCCCAGGGUCUAGCCAAGGGGCUUGAGGUCUCAAACAUCUGGAUUCUGGACCGACCCAGCCGACGGCUCCCCUUCGUGCCCCGCGCCCUAAGAGCUCCCUUAGGUUACGUUUUCUCAGAUUUGACCAAAACGUGUGAAGCCGAGCCGGGGCGGACACAGCAGAAUCGAGGGCGAGGCGGCAAGGCCAGCGGGAGAGGCCUGGAAGGAAAUCAGGACUUCGCUUCCAAGAUGGAGAGCAAAUCAGAUUCAGCAUCCACCAAAAUGGAAAGGGAAUCAGAUUCAGCAUCCACCAAGAUGGACAGUGCACCAGAUUUAUCAUCCACUAAGAUGGAGAGCAAAUCAGAUUCAGAAUCCAAGAUGGAGAGCAAAUCAGAUUUAUCGUCUACUAAGAUGGAGAGCGAAUCAGAUCCAGCAUCCACAAAGAUGGAAAGGGAAUCAGAUUCAGAAUCCACCAAGAUGGAGAGCAAAUCAGAUUCAGAAUCUACCAAGAUGGAGAGUAAAUCAGAUUCAGCAUCCACCAAGAUGGAGAGCUCAUCAGAUUCAUUGUCCACCAAGAUGGAAAGCAAAUCAGAUUCAGAAUCCACCAAGAUGGAGAGCUCAUCAGAUUCAUUGUCCACCAAGAUGGAGAGCAAAUCAGAUUCAGAAUCUACCAAGAUGGAGAGCAAAUCAGAUUCAGAAUCCACCAAGAUGGAGAGCAAAUCAGAUUCAGAAUCCACCAAGAUGGAGAGCAAAUCAGAUUCAGCAUCCACUAAGAUGGAGAGCAAAUCAGAUUCAACAUCCAAGCUGGAGAGCAAAUCAGAUUCAACAUCCAAGCUGGAGAGCAAAUCAGAUUCAACAUCCAAGCUGGAGAGCAAAUCAGAUUCAGCAUCGACUUUACCUGACACUCCCCAGACCAGUGAGACUCUACCAUCACCCCAAACAAAUAGUUUAGGAAAACAACCUAUGAGUGGAACACUUAAAGAAAGAUUAAAGAAAACAAGGUCUUCAUCUUACUCUUUCUGUAGUGUGGUGAAGCGACUUAAAGUAGAGAAGGAGGAAAAUGAUGAGACCUUUUCAGAACCAGGAGCAUCGUCAAAAGAAAAGAGCUGUUCAGCAUUCCAAGGAAGUUUGAAACAUAAAGACAGUGCAUCUGAAAAAGACAGCUCGGAGAAUGUAAACACAUGCAAAUCUAAGCCAGUUGAUUCUGGGUCAUCCAGUGCCCUCCAAAAUGAUUUUGAGAGUGAGAAUAGUAAAGAAAAGUUAAAGGAAGAAAAAGCAAAAUUGACAAAGCAGGUUCAAGAGAAGGAAGACCUUCUUCGGAGACUAAAACUUGUCAAAAUGUAUAGAAUAAAGAACAACUUGUCUGAGUUAGAGCUGUUAAUAAAGAAGUGGCGGAAGUGCAGCCAGCAGCUGCUGUAUGAGCUGCAGGCGGUCAUGUCUGAGGAUGAUGAGAAACUCAGCCUCACCGAGCUCAUCGACUACUAUGGGGUAGACGAGAAAGUCGUGCACUAUGAUAGAACUGAAGAAGAAUUUACAGGGAUUUGAUGCUGUUGUUGUUGUUGUUUUGCCUUCAGGCUUUUUUCCCUCUCCUUUUGGGGUGAUGGGAUCAUGCCCAGAGCCUCAAAUGUGCUCUGUUCCUGAGCUAUGCUUUUGGCCCCUCUACAGAAUAUCUUUGAGAAUGAAAAUGUGAGAAGAAUAAGUGUUUAGAAGGGAAGAAAGAUGUAAGCUGUUGUUGGGGCUUGAAAAAGGUAUCUUGAACAGUUCAGGAUAUUCUGAUACAUAAACAAAAUUAUAACAUGAAGCUUAGUAUUUUGGAUAUGUUUGCUAAAGAAAAUAUUUAAAUAUAAAAAAAUUAAAUGUUUAAAAGGAAGUUUGGAUAAUUCUGGAAACCAGGUUUAAUACAUCGAGUUUGUGGCAAAAGAUUUUAUAUUCAGUGUUAAAAAGUAUUCUAUUGAAUGUCUAAACCUCACCUGGCCUAAAUGUAACUUGCCCUCCUGAGUUUAUGAACCUUGUUUUCAUCUACUUAAUAUGUCUUUCUGUCUGCUAGUCUAGCAAGUAAUUAAACUUAUAAGUCCACA